UGACACGCAGCAUUAUUGACACUGACUUUCAAUAUCUGAUUGGGGAUCCUGCACAACGCCAGACCUCUAUUCUUUUUAUGUGCUGCUUUCCCUACGUUCUCUUUCUUUACCUUUGCCUUUUUCCUUGCCCCCUUUUGAAUCAUUUGCCCCUCCUCCUCUGCCUCUCCUGCCCUGCCCUGCUCUACUACAGCUACAAAACCACAAUAGUUCUAGGGUCAUGUGGGUCGCUACAGGAUGUGUGUAUGGGGAUGAGGAGCCACUCUUUUUGAGGUGCCCAAACAUGAUUCCGUGAUUGUUUUUUGCACCAUUCUUGUAGGCAGGCAGCCUCCCAUCAAACUGUUGUUGAAUCUCUUAAAUCAUUUCUUGUUUUCUGUAUAAGGUGGCACACCACAGCCUAAAGCCCCCACGCUCUUUUUGUUCUUCCAUCUUUUCCUUUUGUUCCUCUCCCUCUUGACCACCCCCACAACGCCAGCACCACCAUUUUCCCUUGGCCAAGGAGAGAUCAGAACCCCCUUUAAGUAGAGACAGCCAAGCUAUCGCUCAUCUUGUAGGGUUCUUGGCAUUCAGGAAAUACUACACCAACUUGGAUGAGGCGCCGGCAAACAGGCAGUUGCUGCUGGUUCUUGGCUGUGGCAGCAGCGAAGCGAGAGUACUAAAGAUCGUGAUACCGUCUCUCCAGAAGCAGCGUCACAUGCACAUGGUCAGGACUCAGGAGUGAGGAGAUAAUGAUGAACUCAGCCGUAUUCGGUGCCUGCAUUUCCUCUGCGAGGUACUAGGCGAGAGCUCCAACAAUCCAGCUCCCCGUGAAGAUUUAUAUAUUUACCCAAGAAGGUUGGGAUCAGCUAGCCAGGCCGCCCAGGCCAUGAGUGGCUUUGCGGGGAGGCCGUGGAUGGGGGACGCGACGCCGUCGUCGGGCGAAAACGCGAGGGACGACGGCGUGAAGGAGCUCGGGUCGUCGUCCACGAACGCCAGCGCCAUCUCCUUCGGCUUCGCGGCCACCGCCAUCCUCAUCUCCAUGUUCCUCCUCAUGGCCAUCUUCGAGCACCUCAUCAAGCCCGGCUGGGCCUCCGCCGCGGCCCACGACGGAGACGGAGAUGGCCAGUCGUCGCACUCGCAGCCCGCGGGCCGGCACCCCGGUGGCCCGCGCGACCACGGCUCACCGGACAAGCUCGCGCCUCCGCCAAAGAUGGAGGAGGAGGCCGUGGUGGCCUUGGACCUGACGGUGGUGAUGCCGGGGCAGCGGUAUCCGACGUUCCUGGCGCAGCCGGCUCCGCUGCUCCUCGCUUGUUGCCCGAGAGAAGGGAUGCGUUGGCCUCCGCACCAUCAUGGCCAUCAGCAUUCAUUGCUGCCGCCGUGACCGUCUCUCUUCAACACGAUGGACGGAUACGUGCUUGGUGUACGCUGUAGCGCCGAGAGAGAUGAUCCAAAGUCCUGAUGUUCGUGGUGUCGACAAGCUCUGAAUUUCUUUCAUGGGCCGGCCUUCUUGUCUUGGGCUGAAAAAGAAAGAUGUCUUGGUCCUUUCUUGGGCUGUGGAGACCGAUUCCCAUGUAAAGCCGCAGCCGACUCUAGAAAGAAAAUGUAAAGCUGUAGCCCUCUUUUCCCAUCAUAUGAGCUUGGGAGCUUGGCUGUUUGUUUACGUAUGUAAAUACACCCCCGUUCCUAUUUUGAUUGUCACAAUGUCAGUUUAAUCCUAAAACUAUGAAAACUGAA